UUUAGAGGCAAAGAUGGAGGGAACAAUGCUUUGCAUAACCGAUUGAUAAUAGUAAUAAAAUAACUAAGACAUGAAAUCUAUUAUAAAGUCUUAUAUUUGCUACUGUAGUGGUACCUUGAACAGGCACGUGUUCGCCACAUUCCUCUGUACGAGAGCCGCGUGCCUGCACGUAGGCAUGGACGUCUGUCUGCUAGGAGACUGCAGGACGCCCCUCACAGGACCGGCGGCCAAGGACAUCCUGCUGCCCGCCUCCAGACCAGGACCUCCUACACAGCAGCGACCAUCGCGGCUACUUCCUGCUCUGCAUGGCGCUGUACGAAAUGCGACUGGGUCGAGGAAGACGUAUAUGGCCGCAAGGAGACGAGUGAGACGCUAUUGGAUUCACGCCACCUGGACGCUCUACAGAGACCAGCUCUACGCUGCGAGACUGGCACAGCAAACCUUACGUUUAUCAAAAUAAUAUAAUGUUUUGAUUAACUUAGUGUAAGAUUUUUAUACUUGAUCUAUUUUGGUAUAGUAUUAUCGAGGUACUGCCGUGAAAGGGCAACCUGUCUAACUGAUAUAAUCACUGACAAUUUACAGCACAGAUAAAGCUAUCCAACCACUCGAUCUAA